GAGGAGAGAGAGAGAUACACAAAAAGCAGAAAGUUCCAACAGCGCCGCUUCACAACAUCCGUCCGUCCGUCCGGCGAGGCCCCGCGCGCGAUAUGGAGCAGACGGAAGCGGCGCCCGACACGGUGGAGCUGCAAUUUCAGGAGGACGCGGCGCUGACGGAGAAGAUGCGUCUGCGCGUGUCGUCUCUUCGGCGCUCGGGCCGCAAGCGCGACGACGGCGAGCGCCUGCUGCUGCCCCACGAGGCCGUCUACCGGCUGGACUUCCGGCAGCAGGACCUGCGCUUCCGCCGCUGGAACGUGUCCCUGGGCGGGCGCGGGCGCGUCGCCGUCACGGGCAUCUCGCAGCACUGGACGCCCGACCUCACCCACCUGAUGACGCGUCAGCUGCUGGAGCCCGUCGGCGCCUUCUGGCGCGGCGCCGAGGAUCCCGAGGGCGCGCCGCCGCGGCGGCCCGAGGCCGACGUGCGGGAGCUGGGCGAGAGGAUCGCCGAGCUGGCCAAGGUCCGCAAGGUCAUGUACUUCCUGUUGGCCUUCGAGGACGGCGCCCGGCCGGCCGAGCUGCGAUGCUCGCUGGCCUUCGCCGCCCGCCGAUGAAUCUCGCGAGCGGCUCGGCAAACUGAUGAUUUGCCGUCUUGACGUGUGCAAAUAAAUCUUAUUCGAUCACACUUG